UCCGCCUCCUCCCGCAGUGGCCCGCGCCCUCACUGCUGUUGUCUAGAGAAGAGUGCACUGUUCAUCUUUUCGGCGCCUCUAUCAUACCUUUCCUCAUAAAGCAAUCAAAAUGCGUGAAUGUAUCUCAGUACACGUGGGUCAGGCUGGAGUCCAGAUGGGCAAUGCAUGCUGGGAACUCUACUGUCUGGAGCACGGGAUCCAGCCCGAUGGUCAGAUGCCCAGUGACAAGACCAUCGGAGGAGGAGACGACUCCUUCAACACCUUCUUCAGUGAGACUGGAGCUGGCAAGCAUGUCCCCAGGGCUGUGUUUGUGGAUCUGGAGCCCACUGUCAUUGAUGAGGUGCGCACAGGAACUUACCGCCAGCUCUUCCAUCCUGAGCAGCUGAUCACUGGGAAGGAGGACGCAGCCAACAACUAUGCACGUGGGCAUUACACUAUCGGCAAAGAGAUCAUUGACAUGGUUCUGGACAGGACUCGCAAACUGGCUGACCAGUGCACUGGCCUCCAGGGCUUCCUGGUCUUCCACAGCUUUGGAGGUGGCACCGGUUCUGGUUUCACCUCCCUGUUGAUGGAACGCCUGUCUGUUGACUAUGGCAAGAAGUCCAAGCUUGAGUUCUCCAUCUACCCAGCUCCACAGGUGUCCACAGCUGUUGUUGAGCCUUACAACGCCAUCCUGACCACCCACACCACACUGGAGCAUUCUGAUUGUGCUUUCAUGGUAGACAAUGAGGCCAUCUAUGACAUCUGCCGUAGGAACCUUGAUAUUGAGCGUCCCUCCUACACUAAUCUUAACAGGUUGAUUGGCCAGAUUGUGUCCUCCAUCACUGCUUCCCUCCGAUUCGAUGGUGCCCUCAAUGUUGAUCUGACAGAGUUCCAGACCAACUUGGUGCCCUAUCCCCGUAUCCACUUCCCCCUGGCCACCUAUGCCCCAGUGAUCUCAGCAGAGAGGGCUUACCACGAGCAGCUCUCAGUGUCUGAGAUCACCAAUGCUUGCUUUGAGCCAGCCAAUCAGAUGGUGAAAUGUGACCCACGUCACGGCAAGUACAUGGCCUGCUGUCUGCUGUACCGUGGCGACGUUGUACCCAAAGACGUUAACGCUGCCAUUGCCACCAUCAAAACAAAACGCUCCAUCCAGUUUGUAGACUGGUGCCCAACUGGUUUCAAGGUUGGUAUCAACUACCAGCCCCCAACUGUGGUACCUGGUGGAGAUCUGGCCAAGGUUCAGAGGGCAGUGUGCAUGCUUAGCAACACCACUGCUAUUGCAGAGGCCUGGGCCCGUCUUGACCACAAGUUUGACCUGAUGUAUGCCAAGCGUGCUUUCGUGCACUGGUAUGUAGGUGAGGGUAUGGAGGAGGGAGAGUUCUCUGAGGCCAGGGAGGACAUGGCUGCCCUGGAGAAAGAUUAUGAGGAGGUGGGCGUCGACUCCAUUGAGGGAGAGGGAGAAGAGGAGGGAGAGGAGUAUUAAAUACUAUGCCAAAUUCACACAUUCCUAUGUGACCCAGAGCUGAGAAUGACUGAAUUGUUUCCACUACACUCUUAGAAAAAAAGGUUCCAAAAGGAUUCUGUCCCCAUAGGAUAACCCUUUUUGGUUCAAGGUAGAACCAUUUUUGGUUCCAGGUAGAACCCUUUUGAGUUCCAAAAGGGUUCAACCGUGAAUCAAAAGGGUUCUACCUGGAACCAAAAAGGGCCCUUCAAAGGGUUCUUCUACAGGCACAGCCAAAGAACCCUUUUAGGUUCUAGAUAGCACCUUUUUUUCUAAGAAUGUAUGAUUCUGCCUUGAACAACCAAUAUAAUGAAGUAUUAGGAUGGUAAGGUGUAGUCUACAACUCUUUUAAAAUAUGCUCACUCACAAAGGCUGAUGUCCUUGCUUCAUCUGUGCUUUUGUAGCGAGAGCCUAAUAAAAUGAUCAUCAAUAAAGAA